ACAUUGACGUGAACACGCACGUAGCUGUCAGUAGGAAAUGCAGGCUGUCCGUAUAGGAUGCACCCUGCCGCUAUGCUUGGAUAAAUUAAUCACAGAAAAUCCUUGUUUUUCAGAAUGAAAACUAAUAUUCAGAAGGUUGUUUGAAUUCGGAGAGAAUGGUUACAGCUGUUCCGCAUGUUUAACCAAGGUAACCGGGACAUUCAGAUUGCUAGCGAAGCUAACAGAAACAGAACACUGUCAACGCUAAUGCUAAUAGUUACAUUAGGCUAAAAUAAGCUAACUUAGCUAGCUGCUAACUUAGCCAGCUAGCUCGCCGAUUGCAGGACGUUCGCUCUUCGAACGGCUCUCUCCGUUCAGCGGUUCCUGUCCCGGCGUCGCUUUUUACGUGUUUUGUAUUCAUCGGAGGAGGUUGCGGAACCGGAGCUGUGGCGGGGGGACGUGCCGACAGGAACCCCCUGGCUAUCCAGGCGGACGGAUCGCAGUGACACGCCGGUCGUGGGAGAGAUCAGAGUGGAACCAUGGCUGAAGUAUCCACCUUAUCACCGUCACCACCUGCUUUAGGUGAUCCUCAUGCUGCUCCAUCCGUCCCACCGUCUUCAUCAGCACUUGCUGCACCAGAGUCUGCCAGGGAGUUACCUGUACCCAAGUCUUCCCUUUACGGUGACAAAGCUUUGACUGGAAACACUCCUGGAGCACUGUCAGGGGGUUCACCCUUGACUUCCCACCCACCCUCGAGUCCUCCGAACCUCACAGCUGAGACCCCUCUUCCAUCAUCGGUACAUGAAAAUGCUCCACCAGCUGAGCAAACAGCAGGGAAUGAUACAGAGACUGCAGCUCAUAUUAUUAAGCAGGAGACAAUGACCAGUGUACCAACUGCUGUGGAGCUCGUGAACAAUGAAACGGAGACCCCAGCACUGACUGGUGAGCCAUCAGCUCCAAGUGAAAUACCGCAGGCAUCUCCCUCUCCUGAUCUAAAUCCUGGUCCUAAUCUGUACCCCAGUGUGCAUGUCACCUAUAACCCAAAUCCUGCCGUGAAUGAUGGUCAGCUUACAGCAAGCCAACCCCAAACAACUACAGGUUCUAGUCCUGCACCUGCUCCUUCAGCAUCAUCAGCAGCCGAAGAGGAGAAACCUCAGCUGCUCCAACAAGCACAAAACGCUCAAAGUGAGCCUCCUCCUCCUCCUCUGUCCCCAAAGCCUGACACUCCCUGCCAGGCCAGGAAGGGUGAACUGCCUGCUACCCCCACCAGAGCCGAGCACCCCAGCCCUACGGUCCCACUCAUUCACGAGCCAGCCUCUGCCCUUCCCCUUCCCCUUCCUAACCCAAACCCCCGGCCGGCCCCCGACACCCUCAGCUACCUUGAGUCGGCCAGCCUGAUGUCAGGAACGUUGGAGUCUCUGUCUGGACUGGGAGAGGAUGGGAGCUCUGUGGGAUCAGACUCUGAGAUCAAUGGCCUGACCGUCAGACGCACUGAUAAAUAUGGCUUCCUAGGUGGGAAUCAGUACAGUGAAAGCGGUGAAAAGGAAGUCCGAGUUGAAGUUGCCAGGCAGAGGGAGAUGAAAUGGCUUGAUAUGUUCUGCAACUGGGAUAAAUGGAUCAAACAUCGCUUCCAGAAGGUGAAGCUGCGCUGUAGAAAGGGGGUUCCAUCUUCUCUCAGAGCCAAAGCAUGGCAGCUGCUGUCCAACAGUCAAGACCUUCUUCAAGCCAACCCUGGGAAAUUUGAGGAGCUGGAGAGAGAGCAGGGAGAGGCUAAAUGGUUGGACAUUAUAGAGAAGGAUCUCCACAGGCAGUUCCCCUUUCAUGAAAUGUUUGCCGCUCGUGGUGGCCAUGGGCAACAGGAUCUGUACCGAAUCCUGAAGGCCUACACCAUCUACCGACCUGACGAGGGCUACUGCCAGGCCCAGGCUCCGGUGGCUGCAGUGCUGCUCAUGCAUAUGCCUGCUGAGCAAGCCUUUUGGUGCCUCGUCCAGAUCUGUGAGAAGUAUCUUCCUGGUUACUACAGUGCUGGGCUGGAAGCAAUUCAACUGGAUGGCGAGAUCUUCUUUUCGCUGUUGCGGCGUACGUGCCCAAUGGCGUACCGUCAUCUUAAGAAGUUCAAGAUCGACCCGAUUCUCUACAUGACGGAGUGGUUCAUGUGUAUUUUCUCACGCACCUUACCAUGGUCCUGUGUCCUGCGUGUUUGGGACAUGUUCUUCUGUGAAGGAGUAAAGAUAGUGUUCCGUGUGGGCUUGGUGCUGCUGAAGCAGAUGCUUGGCUCUGUGGAUAAACUUCGGGAACUACAGGGCAUGUAUGAGACCAUGGAGCGUCUAAGAAACAUCUCACCCGACGCCAUCAGAGAGGACAUACUGGUACAGGAGAUCAUCACCCUCCCGGUGACAGAGGCGCUCAUAGAGAGGGAGUGCAGCAUCCAGGUGAGAAAGUGGAGGGAGUCCAGAGGGGAGCUGACACACCAGCCGGGCCGCCGCCUCCACGGCACAAGAGCCAUCUACGAGUACAAACGCCGCGCUUCCGCCAUCAGCUCCGGUGGCAGCUUCUCCUUCCUGGGAAGCCCAGUCCCACCGCCAGGACCCCUCAGGGCCUCCUCCAGCCUCCUCUCGCUGCCUGGCUUCCGCAAGUCUAAAGCUCCUUUCCACUCCCAGCACAAGAAGGGCUCCUUCUCUGGGCCGUCAGGAAUAGAGGGUCUGCCGCCUCAUUCGCCACCUGCAGUGACAUCAAGCCCGAGCCGAGGCCCCGCCCAUAAACCACCUAUUCCUCCAGGGGCAGGUCAGAAGGCACCAGCACCCCAUAUUCAGAGCCCUCUAGUCGCGAGUUCGACUGGCUCAUCCAGCGAGCCUCCUCAAGCUCCAGAAGGAACCUCAGCACUGGGCCCGCCUGCUGCCUCGGCCCCCACACAAAGCACACCUCCGCCACCCAAUACUCUGGCCCCCUCCCCAAAGAUCGUCUCAGAGAAAAUUACUCCCACUAUCCCCUCUCCUACUGCGAACAACGCCCCUCUGCCCCCGUGUCCAGAUUCAAAAAAAGAAGCGGCGCCGUCAGCAGACACCACAACAGGAGAGGAAGAAGGAAAGAAGAAGAAGAAAAGCAAAGAAGACAAGAAGAAGGAGAAGGAGGAUGAGAAAAAAAUGAAGGAAAAGAAGGACAAGGAAAAGGCUGAGAAAGAGAGGCUCAAGAAAGAGAAAGAGAGGCUAGAAAAAGAGAAGAAGAAAGGGGGGAAGAAAAAGGACAAAGGGGGAGGAGAGGCUGAGGACAAAAAUGGAGCCGCAGCAGCAAAAGAUUCGGCCUAGUUUUCCACCCUCUCAUUCCUGGAUCAUGAAAAGGGAGGCUGAACAAAAAAGAGGUCAGGGGAACAAAAGACCCCAAAAACAGAGUAAUUAAUCUAAUAAAACGGGAUGGCUUCCUGAGCAAUGCAUCAUUUCAAAGACCUAAUGUCGUCUGAGGACGAUGAUGGAGAAAACUGGAUCAUGGUUUUAAAGCACCUCGGGGGGCUUUUUGCCUCCUGCUCAAUGCUUUCUUUUUCACUGAGUUUUAUUGAGAUGGGACACAUUUCCUUUGUUAACUGGAGCACGGACUGUAGAUCUGUUUCCAGAAGAUUGCAGUCAUUAUCUGUUUUUAGUUUUUUAAAUUCUGUUGUUUUUUUUUUUCAUUUUUAUUAUUUUAAUCAGAUCGACAGCAGCGGUUGGAGAAGCAUCGGCUCAAGGCAGCGUUGAAUCAAGCGUUUGCAGAAAAGGUUCGGGUGCCAUAGAGUAUGUAAAUACAAAGUCUACCUACAGUACAUAGGAUCCUGUUAACACUCCCUGUUCUCCAUCAGUUCUCAUAUGUGGCCAGCUUAUCUGGAUGUUGGGGAGGGGGAAAACAAAACAAAAACCCUUUGAAGUCAUCUCAAACGCAGGCACUGAAGACAGAAAUGCUAGCAAUGUUGAUGAGGAUGUAUUUAUUGUCAUGUUAAAUGUUGUGAGUGAUUGUGUGCCUUAGUAGUAUAGUGAAAUGUGUUAAUGUUCUAUGUGUGGCCUCCCUUUUAGUCUCCCGCUGCCUGCUUUUGUUUUCUCUCAUGUCAAACCAUCGGUGGUUAUUCACAAACCUUUAGCUUAUUCUGUUUCUGGAAUAAAUCUAAUGGUAAACAGUCAAAAAUAGGGAGAAAUUUUGAAGUAGAACCAGACACAGACACCAUGAUGUGGUGACAGUUUUUUUUUUUUUUUAAAUAGUUCAUGUAUGUGUAUUUUUAUCUGAGAAAAGAACACAAGGGGGGCAUGUGUUGUUUGUAAUUUAGGCUUUGGUUUAAAUUAGUUGUCUGAAGUUGAUUUUUGCAGAAAGCAGGCAUAACCUUAUGAGUAUAAACUGCUUGUGUGAAAAUAUGCAAGGAGUAUUUGUGCACAAGUCCUGCAGACCAAAUGUCCUUCUGUUAAAAUUCGUAUUAUUUUGAUUUCAUUGAACAAAAUCGUGUGUGCAUUUUAUUUUGCCAAAUUUCAGUGUGGGUAAGAGCUUAAGGUCUUUAACCCAUUAGAAUGUGAUUUGAAGUAUCUCAAGAGAAUGAAGGAUGUUUUUUGCACUUGUGAUUUUGUCACAAAGCACCACUGAAGUUGACCACUCCGCUAGUGUGGUGAAGUAGAAAAACGAGUCUCAACACGCCGGUUUCACAGUUUGAAAUCUCUGCUUUGAGGACCUAUAGGAAGCCACUUGACUGGAGGUGCCGGGUGUGCCAAUGUAGCAUUAACCUCUAAACUUUGGGCUCUGAUGUAUUUAUGUACAAAGUGGUUAAUUUAAUCAAAUAUAGUAUAUUAUGAAUUAUUAUUAUUAUUUUGGAUCUGACUAUUUUUCUAUGUGAGUAAGAGACACCUGAUUGACUGGAAUGAUGGCUGACUACGCAGUGUAGUUGCAGGGGGAUCAUUUACAGUGUUUGUCUUCUUUUUUUUUUUUUCUCCUUUUCUUUGCACGUUAAGUCCUCUGCUUUUACACAACAAAACUCCAUGCAUGUCUUUGCUAUUGUUUACCAUCAUUGUAGGUUUGGUCAGCUUAGGUUCACGAAUCUCCGGUUUACUGAAGCGCAGUAUUAAACAGACUUGAGUGAAAGAAAUGGGCCUCCGAGAGAACAAACUUUGAGACAGAAUAUUUGGGAGUGGAGAGUGUUCGUACUGUAAAAUAUACUAAAAGGUGAUUUACGAGGUUUGAAUAGUUCUUUAAUUGAAGCUCUUAAGUAUGUCUAUCUCACCGAGUUGUGUUGUAAAAUUCAUGAUGACUUAUGGACUAACUCCCUAACCUAUUUACACUCAGUGUUCUGUACUGUAACAUAUUUAUGCAUACAUUAAAUGGCACUGAACCCCAUCAGUAUAUGAUGAAUACGUAGUGCCAGGUAGUUAGUGAAAACCAUUUGAUGGCAAAAAAAAACAACAAAACAUUGAUGCUCUUUAACUGUGCUGUUUCGUAGAUAAUGAAUAGAAGGACUUUCGUGUAAUUGUAGCCAACAUGUCCUCCAUAUUCAUAGUUUUCCACUUAUUUCAGGUCAUUUGAUUAUAUAAAUAUCACACACACACCCUGUCCCUUCUCUGUUUUGACGCCGGUGCAUCAUAGGCACAGAUUAGUGUAGUGUUAGUGUGGACAACCUGAACACAUCUAUGCAAACCUUCCUCCAUCGUGACUGUGGGUGUGUGUGGUGACGGCAGCACUGAUUUCACCGCCGAUCAGAGCGGUGCUGUGGAAAACUGAAUUCUGUGCUUCAGCAGGCGUUUUUCCUCGCACACUUCCAUGCCCGUCGACUAUGAUAUCUUAUGAGCAAUGCGUCCUCGCAGCUCAUGUCUCGAUGAUGGUGUCAUUUCUCUUUAUUCAGAGGGCUGGAGAUGUUGUGAUGAUCAAAUGAAUCGGACACUAGCUGUAGAUCCAAAAAAAAUACGUUUCUAUCAGGUCCUUCGUGUAUUUCGGUGUUGAUCCUGAAGUCGUCGUUCUCAAUUACAUUUGAUUGGGAAUGACUCCACUGAUGCAAAUAUUUAAAAGAAAAGUGUUUCAGUUGUUUUUUUCUCCCCAAUGCCGUUAUGUCUUUUGUGUCUUUAAGUUUACAUGUCACUCUCUCUCUCUCUGGCGAAAGUGAAAUAAAAUCAUAGCUAAUUGAAUUCAUUCCUUCAGAUCUACAACUGAUGUAUUUAUAAUUAAUGAUGAUGACAUUUGUGAUGAGUAAUAAACCAUAAUAUAUUAAAUGGU